UCUGAUUUGGAGAAAUGUUUCUUGCAACUCACCAGUUUGGGGAAGAUACAUUAAUUUACAGAGAAAAGUAACAAAUCAUUUUCUUCAAGUAUGUGAGAUGACUUUCAACUAUGAGUUGGAGAUUGCUAUUCUAGACAGUAAUAUGCAUAUUGAAGGAACAAGUGUGACAGUUGAUGAGAAUCAAGAUUACUCUAAUCCUAUUGAUUGUGGUGUCAGUCCUGAUGUGACCAACUUUAAUGCUCUCUUGCAAUGGAAACACAACACAACCAAUGAUGUACCAUCGUCAAGUGUACAGACUACUGGCGUAUAUCAGGUGUAUGAGAAUGAUGUGCAGCGGCUCUACAUCAAGUCAGCUAAUGCCUCUGAUAGUGGAGUGUAUACAUGUCAAUAUACCACGACUGAUGGCCCUAUAGUGUCAAAGUCGUUUACACUGAAUGUGGAUUGUGUUUGGGGCAGUUGGAGUUCCUGUAAUGGUCAGUGUGGAAAUGGUAUCAGAACUCGGCAGAUCAGUCGAGUGGCUAGUGUGAGUGGUCACAAUUGUAUAGGACCGUCAACUGAGAGUUGCAUAGUCACAUCUUGUAUGGCUUCUGAUUUAGCUGUCAGUGUAGGAGCAACAGUGACUCUGAGCACACAGUAUAGCACUACUACGCAUUUGCCCAAAUUGGCGAUAGAUGGGAAUUUAGCAAGUAAUGGUUGGUUAUGUGCUGCCACAAUGAUGGCAACUAAUCAGUGGCUUCGUAUUAAGUUGAAGAAGGAGUACUUUGUGUCAAGUGUUGCAGUUAUCCUGCCUACUAGUAGAAGUACAAAUGUUACUGUUCGUGUUGGUAGUAACUUAACAGACAAUGGGAAUGCCAAUCACAAGUGUGGAACGGUUCCAGAUGCCAAAUCUCUGAGUUGGAGAAAUUUUAGUUGCAAUCCACCAGUUUGGGGAAAAUACAUCAAUUUACAAAGAAACAAUAUUCUUCAUGUGUGUGAGGUGGUUUUCAGUUAUGAGUUGGAGAUUGCUAUUCUAGACGAUACCAAGCAUAUUGAAGGGACCAGUGUGGCAGUUGAUGAGAAUCAAGAUUACUCUAAUCCUAUUGAUUGUGGUGUCAGUCCUGAUGUAACCAACUCUAUUAAUGCUCUCUUGCAAUGGAAACACAACACAACCAAUGAUGUACCAUCUUCAAGUGUACAGAAUGCUGGUGUAUAUCAGAUGUAUGAGAAUGGUGUGCAGCGGCUCUACAUCCAGGCAGCUAGUGUCUCUUCCAAUGGUCUGUUUACGUGCCAAUAUACUGCAACUAAUGGCUCUAUAGUGUCAAAGUCAUUUACACUGAAAGUCAAUGUAAACUGUGAAUGGAGCUCAUGGUCAGAUUGUACAUCAUCAUGUAGUUUUGGAAAUCAUAGUCGUACACGAGCACGUCUUAAGCAACACAAUGGAAUGGACUGUGUGGGGUCGCCAACUGACAACUGUGACAGCAACCAACCACCAUGUGCACCAACAGCUGGGCGGUCACCAGAAGUUUCUUUUGAUGAGUCUUCAGUGCAAGAGUUGAGUUGCACAGCUUCACAGUAUUCUGGUCUGAGUAGAAACAUUACAUUUGGAUGGUACAGACAAGAGAAUGAAGUUGAUUCAGCUAUUGUAUUAGACUCUCGAGUGACAAAUUUAACGACUAAUGAUGGCAUGGGCAGAUUUACUGGGAAAUUGAAAUUUGCUUCUGUGAACCGUUCAGAUGGAGGAUUAGUCAAGUGCAGGGCUUUCAACAAGUAUGGUGCUAGUAAUACGUCUUCAGCUACAUCAGUUGAUGUCAAAUAUGCACCUGAAUUUGUUGAAAUUAAACCAUCUAAUCCAGUGGGUGUGAAAGGACAAAAUAUCACAUUAAGAUGUUCUACUGAUGGUAAUCCCUCUCCGGAUUAUGAAUGGAGAGGAGGCAAGAGUGCCACAGGAUCUACUCUGGAAUUAACAUCACUUCAAUUUGAGGAUGAAGGGACAUACACAUGUGUUGCUAAUAACACUAUUGAGGCUGGUACUAGGUCCACUAAUACAUCAGUACAGUUGAAAAUUGAAGGUCCUCCACAGAGAUGUGUUGUGUUGUCAGUCAAAAGCUAUAAUGACUCUGAAGUGAAUGUCAAAGUCAACUGUCCUGAAAAUGGAAACUCAGGUGUAACUGAAUAUCGUAUAGAAUAUCAGUUGGAUGAUGGCACCAGCAACAUGCUAUGGGAACAAAGAGAAUUCAGUGCUACUGAUUCUCAACCGUUUGUAGUUGGUGGUCUCAGUCCAUUUACAAAUUACAGCUUUAGAGCAACAGCAAGCAACAGGCAUGGCUAUGAACCUGGAAGUUUGGCAGCUGUUAAUGUGGUGCCUGUGACUACUACUGAAGGCUCACCAACUCCACCUCAGAAUUUGAGAAAUUCAAGUGUGACAUCAAGCUCAAUUGUUCUACAAUGGGAGAGGCCUAUUAGGUUUAAUGGAGUUUUUCAGUACUACACUGUUUACAACAGUAUUGGUGAAGCUUCGUACAGCAAGAGUCUCGACAUUGCGACUCAUGAAAAUCCAUACAUCUUAAAGGGCCUCAAACCAUAUACUGACUACAAAUUAUAUGUGACAUUAACGAACAACGCAAAGACCAAUCCAGAAAGUUCCCCUAGUAACAUGAUUAUAGUGCGCACACUGGAAGCUUCUCCUCAGACACCAGACAAACCUUUACCUAGUGAUGUUGCAUCAUCAACAUCAACUGUAGUAUUUGUACCUCCUACUGUGAAUGAUGAAAAUGGUCCAAUAGAAUAUGUUGAUAUUAUUGUUUAUGAGGGUACCACUGGAUCUAAUGCUCCUUCAGUAUCUGAUGUACCACGUACUGUUGGACCUUAUGAGCAAGAGGGCACAGACAACACAUGGUAUGUAACAGCUCGAUACGAUUACAUGAUUUACAAACAGAACAUACAAGGGAAGCAGUUUACCGUUGGAAAUGAUUCAACAUCUGGUGAAAACAAUGAGUACAAAAAUGUUCCACUUAAGUCUGAUUCGACUUACUUUAUAUAUAUUCGUGUGGUUGCAAAGUUGGAUAAUGGAAGUGGGAUGAAAGAAACAGCAAUUGGGGAACCACUAAAAGUUUUGACAAAGGCAGAAGGAAGUUCAGUGGCUCCAGUUGCAGGUUCUGCAGCUGGUUGCAUCAUUUUUCUUCUAUUGGUUAUUCUUGUUGUUGUUGUUCUAAGAAGACGUCGUUCAGGAAAAAUGACUGACAGUGUUUACAUAAAUGAACAAGUUGCUUUUUCAUCAGUCAAGCAAGUGGAGAGUGAAUAUGACGAAAUUCCUCUUGCUCCUGUGAUUUCUGGUGAAAGUCUAUCAGUGACAUCAUAUGAAGGCACAACUGCUGUUCUUCCUUAUGAUGCUGCUGGAGAACCAAAUCCAAUCAUCAAGUGGUUCCGCAAUGGAAAGGAAAUAUCUGAGAAAGAUGAGCACUUUGUUAUUCUGGGAGAUAAGUCUUUGCAGAUUGCUAAUGUUAUGGCAUCAGACAGUGGCAAGUAUCGAUGCACAGCGACAAACAGUUCAGGUGUUGAUGAACAGGUUGUAGAGCUGAUUGUACGUUCAGCCACUGAAGCAGAAAAGAAACCGAAUGUUUGGACAUCUGCAGCUUCUCCAUCUAUAACGCCAAACGUAAAGAGUCACCAAUCACGAACCGGCCUUCAUUCUAUCAAUCUUGAGAAAUUUCCAGAUUAUGUGGCAGCUAUGCAUCAAGAUCACAAUGCUGGGAUAUUCAGUGAAUUUAAGGAACUUGGAGAAUUACAACAUAAUUUUUCAGCUGAGGUAGCUUUGGCAAACCUUUCACUGAAUCGUUACAAGAAUAUUCUGACUUAUGAUCAUUCUCGAGUUGUGCUGCCAGUUUUGUCUGGCAUGACAAACUGUAAUGGCAGUUACAUUGCUGCUGCUUUUGUUGAUGGCUACCGUACUCCCAAGAAGUACAUUGCAUCACAAGGACCACAGGAACAUACUGUUGCUGAUAAUUGGCGAAUGAUUUGGGCAGAAAAUGUUCCUACGAUUGUAAUGCUUACUCAUUUGAUCGAAAAGAACAAGAUCAAAUGUCAUCAGUACUGGCCGAAGAAUGUUGUUGAUGCAGUGGACUACAAUGGUCUCAUUGUCACUUUCUUGGAGAAAGAUUCCUUUGCUGAUUACGAAAUUCGUAAAUUCAGUCUUACCUUGGGUGAUGAGAAUAGAAUGGUAACACAAUACCAUUACACUGCAUGGCCUGAUCAUGGUGUUCCCAAAUUUGCCACACCGCUACUGAGUUUCAUCAGAAGAAUUAAUCGUGAAUAUCCAAAGAAUCGAGGGUCAAUGGUUGUUCACUGCAGCGCUGGUGUUGGUCGAACUGGAACAUUUAUUGUUAUUGACACCAUGCUUGAGAGAAUUGAAGAGGGUGAGCCCAUUGAUAUCUACAGCUGUGUUGCAUCUCUGAGAACAAAACGUCAAGAUAUGGUCCAGACUGAGGCUCAAUAUGGUUUUAUCCACGAUGCUGUGCUUGAAGCAUUGACUUGUGGCAAUACCCAGAUUCCUGUUCAAAAUCUUCGUACCGCUAUUGCCAAGCUGUCGAAGAAAGAUGCAAUGUCAGGCAAGACAGGUUUUGAACGUCACUUUGAAGUGUUACAAACAACAGGUCCACAAAUGGACAAGCAACUUUGUAAGGCAGGUUCACAGCCUGCUGUAACAGUGAAGAACAGAUACCAGGACAUACUGCCUUUGGAUGUGCAGCGAGUCAUUCUUCGUCUGGAGGAAACAGAAUCCCGAGAAAGUGAGUAUGUGAACAUUGAGGCUGGAGCUGACUACAUAAAUGCCAGCUACUUGAAUGGCUAUCAUUGUCGUGAUGCAUAUAUUACUACACAAGGGCCACUAGCUAAGACUACAGAAGACUUUUGGAAAAUGGUGUGGGAACAAAAUUGUGUGUCAAUUGUCAUGCUGGCGUCUUUGCAAGAAAAUGGAGAGGAGAUGUGUCACCAAUAUUGGCCAGCAUCAGGCAAUGCUCAGUAUGGUCAGUACACUGUUCAGUUGUCGAAAGAGACAAAUCUGGGAGAGUAUGUGAUACGCAAAUUUAACCUGAGCAAGGGUUCACAGUCAAAGGUCAUAACCCAGUUCCACUACACAGCAUGGCCGGAGAACAGUAAUCCCAAAACAUUAGAGCAACUGUUUGACAUGCAGGAUCAAUUGCAAAAAUGGCAGCAAGGGAAUGGCAACAAAACUAUAAUCGUUCACUGCAACAAUGGUGUUGAUCGCAGUGGAACGUUCUGUGGCAUUCUGUCGCUUGUCGAGCUCUUGAAGGUAGAGGGCGUGGUGGAUGUGUUUCUGAAAGUUAGAUCGAUGCGAAUCCAACAUCCAAAUAUUGUUCAGACUUUGACACAGUAUCGAUUUAUGUAUGACGCCUUGCUGGUCUACCUUGACAACUUUGACACGUAUGCCAACUUCAAGUAACUCUUCAGUUUUUGUAGGCAAUGGUUAGCUCUAGAACUUUUUGGCUAAUCGUAGUUUAGUCAUGCUGCAUUUUGUGCAGACGUUUGUGCUAAUUAGUAGGCAUUGCUUUGUAAGUUAGGUUUUUGAAGUUAAGAAUCAUGCGUGGUAGCCAAGACUGUUAGUAGUAGCUAGAACGCUGACUUACCACUAUUUUGUGGACUGUUUUCUAGUGUUUUUGGAUUGUAGGCUGUUGAACAGCAACCUUACAUCUAGAACAUGAGACAACGUGCGUACAUGGA